AUGCGGGUGCCAAGCCCGGCUACAGCCACUUGGAGUAGAGCCCCCGACCAGCCCCUCACACCAACCACUUCCCUUGGAGACCUGCCCCUGCCGGAGUGCCUGGGAAGAGGGAGUUUUGACCAACAAGAAAGCUCCUGUGUCUGCUUUGCCAAGCGAGUACCACUUAUUGACCACCACCACGCAAUGCAACGCCUGACAGCUGCCCGGGGUGGUAGUGCUACCACCAACCCAAAUGCAGCCGGUCCCAGCCACGCUCGUGUGAACACACUCACGUGUGCUCAAGCUCCGCUGCUUGCAGACAGGUUAGUCGGAGAACACCUGCUGACGGGGCACAAAGUAGCAGUAAAAAUUCUAAACAGACAGAAAAUACGCAGCCUGGACGUGGUUGGGAAAAUCAAACGAGAAAUUCAAAACCUAAAACUCUUCCGGCACCCCCAUAUUAUCAAACUGUACCAAGUCAUCAGCACUCCAACUGACUUCUUCAUGGUGAUGGAAUAUGUGUCUGGCGGUGAAUUAUUUGAUUACAUCUGUAAGCACGGCCGGGUUGAAGAGGCAGAGGCGAGGCGCCUCUUCCAGCAGAUCCUCUCCGCGGUGGAUUACUGCCACAGGCACAUGGUUGUCCACAGAGACCUGAAACCGGAGAACGUGUUGCUGGAUGCGCACAUGAAUGCAAAGAUAGCUGAUUUUGGCUUGUCCAACAUGAUGUCAGAUGGUGAAUUUCUACGAACCAGCUGUGGUUCCCCAAACUACGCGGCCCCCGAAGUCAUCUCUGGAAGGUUGUAUGCCGGCCCAGAGGUGGACAUCUGGAGCUGCGGCGUUAUCCUCUACGCCCUCCUCUGUGGCACGCUACCCUUUGACGAUGAGCACGUCCCCACCCUCUUCAAGAAGAUCCGGGGUGGCGUGUUUUACAUCCCUGAAUACCUCAAUCGCUCGGUCGCCACUCUCCUCAUGCACAUGCUGCAGGUCGACCCACUCAAACGAGCAACCAUCAAGGACAUCAGGGAACAUGAGUGGUUUAAAGAAGAGCUACCCAGUUACCUCUUCCCAGAAGAUCCUUCCUACGAUGCCACUGUCAUCGACGACGACGCGGUUCGGGAAGUCUGCGAGAAGUUUGAGUGCACCGAGUCAGAGGUGAUGAACAGCUUGUACAGUGGUGACCCACAGGACCAGCUGGCAGUCGCCUACCACCUGAUCAUCGACAACCGGAGGAUCAUGAACCAAGCCAGUGAGUUCUACUUGGCCUCCAGCCCCCCCACUGGCUCCUUCAUGGACGACAUCCCACCUGGCGUGAAGCCGCACCCCGAGCGCAUGCCGCCGCUCAUAGCGGACAGCCCCAAAGCACGGUGUCCAUUGGAUGCUUUGAAUACUACCAAGCCAAAACCCUUGACUGUCAAAAAGGCCAAAUGGCACCUGGGAAUCCGCAGCCAAAGCAAACCCUAUGACAUUAUGGCUGAAGUGUAUCGCGCAAUGAAGCAGCUGGAUUUUGAGUGGAAGGUGGUGAACUCCUACCAUCUUAGAGUGCGCCGGAAGAACCCGGUGACGGGGAACUAUGUGAAAAUGAGUUUACAGCUCUACCAGGUUGAUAACCGCAGCUACCUUUUGGACUUUAAGAGCAUUGACGAUGACGUGAUGGAGCAGCGGUCGGGCUCGUCCACGCCGCAGCGCUCGUGCUCGGCCGCCGGCUUGCACCGGUGCCCGGUGCCGCCGCGCCUGGGCAGCCACACCAUGGACUUCUUCGAGAUGUGCGCCAGCCUCAUCAUGGCCCUGGCACGCUGACCACAGCACCGUCCACUCUGCCGCCGUUGCUCCUUCGCCAUCCUGCUUUGCUUCUCCUCGUCUUCCUCCUUCUCACUGCUAUACGCUCUGCAACACAGAACCAAAUCCUCUUUAAGAAGACCCAAAACCGACUCAGAGGAUGGAGUCCUCUCUAACAAAGCAUUGAAGAAAUUAGAAGUAACUUCAUUUCACUCAUCACAGGGUGAAAUGUAUGCAGUCCACUUUUUUUUUUUUUUUCCUGGUGAACCAAGACGUGGCUGUAAAGUAGUAAACGUAUUUUUAAGUUUUUGGCAAGCGCCGCUCCCCUAGUUGAGCCUGGGUUUACAAAACUGUGGCCAAGCAUCACUUCCUGCACUGUAUGUAGCGUGCAGCGAGGUUUAUGUUGUGUCCACUCGGUUUUUCCAAGCAGAGAGGAGGAUGGGGAUGGCCCAGGUCAGAGGUACGGACGAGUAACUACACGAAAACAGAGCAGAGGGGUGAUAAAAUAGUUAUGCAGCAUUUACGCCCCUGUGCCAGCAGAGCUUUUAUUCCCCCUCGUAAAACUACCAGCUGCUCGAACGCUUCUGCAGUAGUGGGAAAUGCCAACCCUCCCCUCUCUUGCCCCCAAAGAUGGGGUAGGGGAUGUAGGCUCAUGCCACGGGCAAAGCUCACACGUGCCCAAGAAAAGCACUGACCGGCUCACCGCUUUCAA